AUGAAGUUCAUGGAAUUGGGGUUUCGACCUGACACAUUUCACACUGUGGAAGCAGUAAGGUCUGUGUCUUCUGAUUUAUUGAAUGAUCUUAUAAUCCAAGUCAAAUCCACCAAAUACCUUCUUCACAAGUUUCCGAUGUUAUCAAAAUGCAUGCGUUUAAAGAACUUAGUCUCGUCACAAUCCUUAGAAACCGAAACCGAAACCGAAACAUCACAAGAACAGAAAGUGAUUCAACUCGUUGAUUUCCCCGGCGAAACAGAAGCAUUCGAGCUCUGUGCUAAGUUCUGUUACGGCAUCACAAUCACUCUCUGCGCUCACAACGUAGUCGCUGUACGGUGCGCAGCAGAGUAUCUCGAGAUGACAGAAGAAGUCGAGACCGAGAAUCUUGUCCAAAGGCUCGAGCUUUUCUUGACUUCUUGCGUCUUCAAGAGCUGGAGAGACUCUCUCGUUACUCUUCACACCACAAAGGCUUUACCUUUAUGGUCUCAAGAUCUUGGUAUCACAAACCGUUGCAUCGAGGCCAUUGCCAACGGCGUAUCUCUCUCCCCUGGCGAGGAUUUGCCGACCCAAUUGGAGACCGGUUUGUUGAGAAACCGGUCAAGGAGAAGAAGAGACGAAAGCUUGGGAAGCAAGGCAGAGAAUGUGCGGUGGUGGGGUGAAGAUUUAGCUGAUUUGGGUUUAGAUCUUUACAAGAGAACAAUGGUGGAGAUAAAAUCAUCAAACCGGAAUGUAUCUCCGAGAUUGAUCGGAAAUGCUCUCAGAAUCUAUGCAUCCAAAUGGCUACAGAGCAUCGAACCGGAUUCACAUCUGGUUUUGGAAUCGGUUAUCUCACUUUUACCGGUGGAGAAAUCCUCUGUUUCUUGCAGUUUCUUGCUUCAGCUACUGAAGAUGACGAAUGUUACGAACGUUUCGCCUUCUUCGAAAAAGGAGCUCGCGGUAAAAUCUGCGAACCAGCUUGAUAAAGCAACCGUGAGCGAGCUUUUGAUACCUUUAUCUGAUGAGUCAGGUAUGUUAUACGAUGUGGAUGUUGUGGUGAUGAUGGUGAAGCAGUUUGUCUCUCAGAUCAUCAGGCAAACAAGAACAAGAACUCAACAUAGAAGGUCUCGUUCAGAAGAAAACAUCAAUCUUGAAGAGAUACAAGAGAUUGGAAGCUCUCUGUCUUCUUCUUCUUCUCCUCCUCAUCCAUUGUUGGUUAAAGUAGCAAAGCUUGUUGAUUCGUAUCUUCAAGAGAUUGCUAGAGAUGUGAUACUAACGGUGUCGAAGUUUGUUGAAGUGGCUGAAUCUGUACCGGAUUAUUCAAGGACUAGUCAUGAUGAUUUAUACAAAGCCAUUGACAUCUAUCUCCAGGUUCAUCAGAAGAUUGAAAAGUGUGAGAGAAAGAGGUUAUGCAGAAUCUUGGACUGCAAGAAACUAUCAGUAGAGGCAAGCAAGAACGCUGCACAGAACCAGCUGCUUCCAUUGAGAGUGAUCGUCCAAAUCCUCUUCAUCGAGCAAGCACGAGCUGUAGCGAAAGCUACAACAACAACAAACAAUAUCACCACGAUCGUCGAAACAGAGAUUUUGAGAAGAAGCUUUACAACAAGAAGAGAAGAAGAAGACCAACAAGAAGAAGAAAGAGUGGAAAUCAAACCAAACGGAUGGUUACAGAGCACUCCUUCAAGGUUUAUGGCGCUUUGUUCGAUACCUAGACAACCCAAGAAGAUGUUUUGUAAGCUAUUGUCAUACAGUAGAAGCUUAAGCCAACGGAUUUAA